AUGCGACGCGCCGCAUGGCUUCGCUCUCUCGCUGCAACGUUGUCUAACGAAGUUCACGGGCUGGGCACACGCAGCGAUGGUCAAGAGCUUCCUAACAAAGCACUGAAAGAUGAUAGCAAUUCAGCUGUGUCUACUGAUCCCAAAUCGUUUCCAGAGGCCGAUCGUCGCAUUGAAAUUCGUUCAUUCAACGUCCUUAAACUUUUUGAUUGGCAGACACACUGUACUCAGGGGGAUAGGGCACUCCUGCCGCCUGCUCUUUUGUACCACGGGGGUGCCCUUGGCCCUCGUCCGUUGCUGAUUCUUGAUCAUAGUCUUCCUUUUUCCAAUAUGGAUGGUAGCGAUGUCCAUACGGAUGGUCUUUCUAAUACGCAGCUCGAUGCCAUACAGAGCGCUGCGGCCAAAUACACGUCGAUGAUCUCUCAACUUGUGUGGGAGUACGGGGCUGUAUACAUCCCCCUGGUCGUGAAUCCAGAUGGGGGGGACGUAAUAGGGCGUAGUUGUCGACAGGUGUGUGCGGUGAUGGAUGCCUUGGAUAUUCGCUGGUCGCAUUUUCUCACCUAUUCUUAUGGGACGCUCGUGGCAGGGCGCUUAGCUGCCUCCCAGGAGUACCCGCACCGCAUUGGUAGCUUCCUUUCUCUCGACACACCGCUCGUAACGGACUCGAUGGUUCGGAAUGCGAAACGUCGUGAUGAAAUCGCUAAAGCCGAGAAAGAUGUGAAUGUGCCUGCAGACAUGUUGUCGUUCGCCCGUGACGAGCUGCUGGGUGCAUUGGAGGAGGUUCUUUCCUGCCCAGCCCCGAAAGCCGAUGGAGAGCUCUAUAAAAGGUACCUAUUCAACCCCAAACAGAUCUAUGAGAAAGGCGGGCUUAUACGUAAGGAGGAGCGAUAUGUCUCUCUUCGACACCUUGCGGGGAUUCAUCACCCAUGGCAGCUUAUGGUUCCUGCAGGCCAGCCGUUGUCUGAUGUACCAGUUCACAAGGAAUUUUUCAGACUCCGACGACCUGCUGUUAUCAAGUCGGCUGCAUCCCACAAGGAACUGUUUUCGGAUUGUGCUGCAACUGAGAUAGCAGAGGUGCUCACUAGUUGGAUGAAUCGUUUCGAACCUGAUAUGAUGAUUCGACGCCGAUAUGAGCAAGCUGCAAGGGAAAUGUCUGCGCUUGUUGCUGACGCGACGGCGGCCACACCGAAAGUCAGCACCAGUGCAGGCACCGGCAGUGGAGGAAAACGGAAGAAGGAGAAAAAGCAAAAGGCUGGAUGA